AUGGCGUCGAAACACCACUUGUUACUCGGCCUGCUGGGCUGGCUGCCGUCAGCUCUCGCACUUCCCAAUAUCCUUGCUCGGGAGACAGCGCCAACGGUUGUCAGCUUCGCAACUUCGAUGGAUCACACUUCCUUUUCAGGAACCCCGACAAUCACUGGGGCCUUGAAUGCUAGCUCAACACUCGCGAUGACUAUUUCUAGCUUGAGCGUGGAACCGUCGGCUACUACAUAUCCCAGUGACGGUAAACUUCAUGAUCCUGCACCGGCACCGUACGUGCCAGCAGGAGGUGUGGGAACGAACGGAACGACACCUGUCUACAACGCCAAAAGCGAUUUUGAUUUCCAAUCUCUGGCCCUUGUUCUCUACGCUGAGUAUAUUGAGCUCGAUCUGUUCUACGAUGGCCUUGCCCGUUUCUCUGAAAAGGAAUUCACGGAUGCAGGCCUUACUGCAGAGGAUCGAUAUCUGAUCCAGUUUAUGGCGGAGCAGGAAAUUGGACAUGCUACGCUGAUCACCAACAUUCUGGGCGCCGAAGCCCCCAAGCAAUGUCAAUACAAUUACCCGUACACGACUGUCCGGGAAUUCUUGGAUUUCUGCCAGAAGCUCACUCGCUUCAGCGAGGCCGGUGUAUAUGGAUUCCUGGCACACCUGGACUCUCGAGAAGCUGCGACACUUCUUACCCAGACCAUCACCACUGAAGCUCGACAGCAAAUGAUUUUCCGACAAUUCGAAGGUCUCUUCCCAAUGCCGGUUUGGUUUGAGGUUGGUGUGUCACAGUCCUGGGCAUGGACUCUUCUGGCGCCCUAUAUCUCUUCCUGUCCUGAGGGCCAAACCAGGCUGGCGUGGCAGAACUUCCCAGCUUUGCAUAUUGUGAACCAGCCCAAUCCUGACCGAAUUAACGGGUCGUCUGCAUAUAACGAAACCUUGACUCCCGGGAUGAAUACCUUGAACAGUACAGGUAUCGAUGAUUCCUGCCUCAAAUCCGAUAUUAUCGGCGAGGCUUGCAACGCGUCUAUCACCCACAACCGUACAACCCCUCUUUCCUUCCCUGGUCGCGAGGUUCUUUUGACCUGGGAGACCCCCGGGCAGUCCGUGGGCCCCAACAACAGCUAUAUCACGACGACCACGGCCGGUGAUCCCAAGUUCGUUAUGUGGGUAUCUCAACUUAAUGUCACCUACACGGCGUUGACCAUGGGCGACAAUUCUACCUCGGGGUCGACCACUCAACCGAAUACGACAACUUUCGAGGGCGACCCGGCCAUUAAUGGCACCAUGUUCAUUGCGAUCACGGACUCGGAUCCUUUCCUGACUUCUUUCAAUUUCAGCAUGGCGAAUGCCCAUGUGGUAGCAGGACCGGCUUUGUACCAAGCUGGCUAG